AUGCGUACGCGAAAUGCUCCUCUAAAUGCCACACCUAACAAUUCCCAACUCAAGAUUAACGGCCGGGCAGAGAACAAGCGUCUUCCAAUCUACGAGAUGAUGGGAAGUGGAGCUUUCUCGGAAGGGCACGACAUGAUCGUGGAGGAGGAGGAGGAGGUCAUGUCAACACCACUGAAGGGCCCUCCCCUGACGAAGACAACGACAGACGAUGGGCACCAGACCCCUGUUCGUCCAAGCACAACAGAAUCUGCAUUUUUGUCUUCUCCGCCGAGUUUUUGCCUGGCCACGAAAGAAUUCAGUCGGAGCUCCCUCGACGACGAAGAGGAGGAUGAGGAUUGGGGCAUGGAUUGGACGCAGGACGACGAUAACACGGAUGCGGACACACAGCUGUCACCGCCCACGAGCUCGCUCAAUUCGCGUCGGGUUAGCUCCAGUUUUAGAGCGGCUCUGGCAGAAGUGACAAACUCAAACGGGAAUUCACCUUCGAGUUUCGAACGGCCCAAGAGCAAUCUUUUCGACUGGUCAGAACCGCUGUCCGCAGAAAAACUCGACUCAAUGGGUAACUCGCCGAGACCAAAAACAGCACAUGUCAAGCAUAUGACGGAUGGGAGAGGCGGACGUGCAGUGAUCAGAAGGAAUCAUGUUCGGAGCCAGAGUGUGCCUGUGGUGCCCGAUAUGGCACGCCAGCGCGAUCAGUCGAAAUUAACGCCCAAGUUCGGUACCUGGGGACUGGGAGCAAAAGGAGUGAGUGAAGACUGGGAUAACGAUUUUGAUUUCGACAACGGCGACGUAGACGAGGAACAAGAUGUUCCGUUGGAGAACAGCGGGAUGCUUAUCCCACAAACAAUCCAGGCGAGUCAGGCAAGUGUGGUAGGCCAUGUUGGACAGAUCCGCGAGGUAUGUUUGUUAGUAGAGGAUCUGAAGCGGUUACGGCUGCUCGCAAAAGAGAAGGGUUUAUUAAAUGGCGUAUCGGCGCCGCUAUGGAAAGAAGCUGAAGGUAUCAUUGCCCUCGCAGCUCCAGAUGAAGAAGAACAACCAUUAUCAAUACCAGAUUCACCGUCAGCAAUCGAAUUUAAUCUAGAGACGUCGGACGACAAGCCAUAUGAAAUACCAGAGGACGAAGGGGGACCUCCAAACCAGAAGAGGGCACUGGAAGAGUCGAACGGCAACGGACGGCCAGGUGGAUUUGCAUAUAGUAGCAAGACUGUUCGGAGGAGAUCAAUAUUUUCACCAGACGAUGAUAUAUUUGGAGCAGGUCUCGGUACUUCUCCCAACGAAAAUUUACUCCCUCCGCCAAUGUCGCCACGGCCGUCGAGUAUCAAGAGUUCGUCAGAGGUUGCUAGAUCUGUUAUGGAGACCAUGCACCAACAUCGUGCGAUUUCGGAUCCUAUGCUAAAGGAAAUGUCAGCUCAAUCAGCCAACAAGAUGCCUUUCGACACAACAAGUUUACGGGAUCUUGUUCACCGAGCCAACGUAUUAAGUAGGACUUUGGGCGAGGUAAUUCGAAAAUCCGACGGAACGUCAGACAGCCCAGAGGUCAGUCCACAUCGCGAUUCGAGUCCAGCCUUUACUCGUGUUUUCACCGAUCCAAUGGCGCAACCACCAAAACAUCUACCAAGGAGUCAAAGCAACAACUCAAUAUUAAGCAACACAUUAGAUGCUUCACCGACGCGAAAUCUAGGGUCUCGAAUGCAUAUGUUGACCGCCGCGUGA